AUGAGAGGAGAAUGGAACGAUUUACAAGCACUCUUUAUGAAGGAUUGUCCUUAUGCAUAUUAUGUUUAUUGCUUUGCUCAUCGAUUGCAACUUGCUUUGGUUACUGCAUCAAGAGAAGUUAAACCAAUGCAUCAAUUCUUUGAGAAGCUUACUUUAAUUGUCAAUGUUGUUUGUUCUUCUACAAAGCGCCACAACAAGUUACAAACUUCUCAAUUAGAUGAAAAUGAACACUUAUUAGAGAUUGGUGAAAUUGUAACUGGUAAAGGUGAAAAUCAAAUUGGUACUUUAAAGCCAGUUGAGGAUAGUCGUUGGGGGUCACAUUUCUCUUCUAUUUAUAGCUUAAUGAAUAUGUAUGAAGCAGCUUGUCAUGUUUCAAGAAAACUUGCAAAGGAAGGAUUAAGUAAUGCUUCAUGUGGAGAUGCUAAUAGUGCUUACAAUUAUUUAAAGUAA